UUCCGUGAAUUUUAAGUUUGCCGGUUAUUGAUUUUGGAGUUGGAAAGCUCAAAUGUAAAUGGAAUUGGAUUGUGUUGUCCGUGGUAGUAUGUAGUGAGUGUUUGGAUUUCGGAAUGGAUGGAGCUCGAUUGAUGCCGAAUUCUACUGAAUUCAGCAGUUGAAGUGGUUGUACAUUCACAUUCCAGUACGCAUCGGAACCGUGAUGUAGCGAUUGAAUUGUUGGUUUUUGAGCUGUUAGGGGAAUUCGAAGAUCCGGAAUGUUGAUCCUGACGGUUUAACAUUUGGAAAUUUUGGAUUGGGAAGCUGUAGGGCGCAGGACUUGAGGAAUUGUUGGAUUUAUUUGUCAUAUGGCCUUCAGUUUGUGGGGGUUGGUGGAAAUAAAAGUUUCCAAAUCAUGUUUUUUCUUGGAUUAACUUUGCAAUUUACUAGCUCUUUUAUGGGGUGAAAGUUGAAAUGAAAUGUUAUUGCAACUCAAUUACCUCUGGAAAUGGAAGAGACACGAGAUGAAACAGGGCGUGCAGAACAGAGACAUCAUACUUCCGAAUGUUGGCCUUCCAAUUUUGUUGAAAAGUUUGGAUCUGUUUCCUUGGAUCCCAAAGAAGAAACACUGAGGAAUAAAGAAUUAACUGAGAAUGAAGUAGAUAAUAGUCCAUUGUCUCAGACAGCGUCCCAGAUCCUCUGGAGAACUGGAACACUUUCUGAGCCAAUUCCAAAUGGUUUCUACUCAGUUGUUCCUGAGAGAAGGCUCAAAGAGCUUUUUGAAGAUAUUCCUACAUUUGAUCAACUUCAUGCAUUGGAGCUUGAGGGUUUGAGAGCAGAUAUUGUACUUGUUGAUGCUGAGAAAGAUAAGAAGCUUUCUAUGCUAAAGCAACUGAUUGUUGCACUAGUGAAAGGCUUAAACUCCAAUCCUGCAGCAAUGAUAAAGAAGAUUGCUGGAUUGGUUUCUGAUGUUUAUAAACGACCCAAUUCUGAACUCAGCCCCGCAAAAGUUGCACUUGAGGAAACCUCUCAUGUUUCCGACAACCGAGGUAUCCAGAUGCUAGGACAAAUAAAGCAUGGCUCAUGCCGUCCUCGAGCAAUAUUAUUCAAGGUUCUUGCAGAUACUGUAGGCCUUGAAAGUAGGCUAGUUGUGGGUUUGCCUACAGGAGGAGCUUCUGAGUGCACAGACUCAUAUAAGCAUAUGUCAGUACUAGUUGUGUUGAAUUCGAUGGAACUACUUGUUGAUCUAAUGCGGUUUCCUGGCCAAUUGAUCCCCCAAUCUGCCAAGGCUAUAUUUAUGACCCACAUAUCUGCUGCUGGUGAGAGUGACUCUGCAGAAAAUGAUUCCUGUGAUUCACCACUGGAGCCUAACAGCCCUCUCUAUGGGGUUUCAGAGAGAGGAGAUCUUGAGAGUAUUGAGAAAGAUGAUGCUGUCCAGUACCAGCGAAGACUAGAAGCAUCUUCAAAUGCAGCUGGGCCUUCAUUGAGGAACAUGAUGUUUCGGUCUUCCACUUCUAUUGACAGAAAUUUGAGUUCAUCGCAUAGUGAACCGAAUAUUGCUACAACAUUUUGGAGGAGGGGUCGGAGCAAGGUUAUCACUGAACCAAGAACUGCAAGUUCUAGUCCUGAACAUCCUUCCUUUCGAGCACGUGGCCGAUCCAUGCUUAGUGGUGAUCAUAAAACCUUCAGAGGUUAUACAGAUGAUGUUGCUACAUCAAGAUCAGAAGGUGCACCCAUGUCAGAGAUACGUAGAUUGAGAAGAAGAAGCAUUAGUAUAACUCCUGAAAUUGGUGAUGAUAUCGUAAGGGCUGUUCGAGCAAUGAACGAAACACUGAAGCAGAGUCGUCUCUUGAGUGAACAAGGAGAAAAUAGGCCAUUUCCUUGCGCUUCAAAUGACACAGAUAAUGCUUCCAAUCUUCAGAAAGAUGCAUCUGAUUUCCACUCUGAUGACCAUGAUGACAUGUCUGGUAAACGGGCAAACUUGUUUGCUUAUUCAAGGGAGCACAUGAGUUCCCAGAAGGCAAUGUCAUUACCCUCCUCUCCUCAUGAAUUCAGGAGUCAGACUCCUCAAUCAAGUCUGGCUUUAGAUCACAGGGCAAGUGAAGAGAUGGUCUCAACUUGGAACAGGGUUCUUGAAUCACCAAUGUUCCAGAAUAAGCCUCUGCUACCUUUUGAAGAAUGGAAUAUAGACUUCUCAGAAUUGACUGUUGGCAUUCGUGUUGGGAUUGGAUUCUUUGGGGAAGUUUUUCGUGGUAUUUGGAAUGGGACUGAAGUUGCAAUCAAGGUGUUUUUGGAGCAAGAUCUUACUGCUGAAAACAUGGAGGAUUUUUGCAAUGAAAUUUCCAUCCUUAGCCGUCUACGGCACCCAAAUGUGAUAUUAUUUCUUGGUGCAUGCACAAAGCCUCCACAUCUGUCAAUGGUUACUGAAUACAUGGAGAUGGGAUCGCUAUAUUAUUUGAUCCAUUUAAGCGGUCAGAAGAAGAGGCUCAGCUGGCGGAAAAGACUUAGGAUGCUGCGUGACAUAUGCAGGGGGCUGAUGUGCAUACAUCGGAUGAAGAUAGUUCACCGAGAUCUAAAAAGUGCAAACUGUCUUGUGAAUAAACAUUGGACAGUGAAAAUUUGUGAUUUUGGGCUCUCAAGAAUAGUGACAGAUGCACCAAUGGAAGACUCUACAUCUGCAGGAACUCCAGAGUGGAUGGCUCCAGAACUUAUUCGUAGUGAACCUUUCUCAGAGAAAUGUGACAUCUUUAGCCUCGGGGUUGUAAUGUGGGAGCUGUGUACUCUAAGUAGACCAUGGGAAGGUGUACAUCCUGAAAGGGUGGUGUAUGCUGUUGCUAACGAGGGAUCGAGGUUGGAGAUACCAGAUGGACCCCUGGGCAGACUAAUUGCAGAUUGUUGGGCAGAGCCUCAGGAACGGCCCAGUUGUGAGGAAAUUUUGACACGCCUGGUAGAUUGUGAAUACUCACUCUGCUGAUGCAAAAUCUGUUCUUUUGUAUAGAUACACAUGGUAGAGGUAUUACAAUGUGUCGGCUCAAGUUGUAACUUUUUGAGUGAUUUUCAGCUCUAUAAGUGUAGUGUUUGCCUUCAGCUUGACCAUUAAAACAUCAAAACCGUUUUGGGGCAAUCAGAAAGCAUCCUUGUUUGUUCAA